AUGGCCAGUGCUUUAAAUCUUUCUCAAGACGCUUUUGCAGACUUGUUGGCCACUAACCAGCGUGCCCUCAUUGCUGUAAUUGAUGGUGAAACUGUUGACCAUCAACAAACCAUUGCAGGAACUGCCGACUUUGAAGAAGACUUUGCAGAAGUCGCUCAACACUUGGAACCAGACCAACCAAGAUAUAUCAUUUAUAACGCUGCAUCAGCAUCUUCAACUGGACCUUCAUAUGUGUUUAUUCUAUUUGUACCAGAUAUUGCUAAAGUCCGAGCCAAAAUGCUUUAUGCUUCAUCUGCAACUGCUUUGAAACGACAAUUGCUAGGAGGAGCUGCUGGGAAUGGUAUUGGUACAGUACAAACAAUUUUCUGGACAGAACUUGGAGAAGUUUCACGUGAAGGAUGGGAAGCCCAUAUUGCACAUGAAGCAUUGGAAGCUCCAUUAACUCAAGAAGAACAAUCUUUAAGAAGUGUAAGGGAAAGGGAAGCUGACCAAAGUGGAACAGCUUUGCGGAAAAGUCAUGUUAAAGGACUUGAUGGGAGUAGUUCUACAGGGAUUGGAGGAGGAGUACUUACAGGAAGUGCAACAGCAAGUGGUGGGAGCAUUGUUGGGAUGAAGUUUGGGUCGGAUGCUACGGCUGCUCUUGAAGAACUUGGUGAAUCUAGUGAUGGGGCAACUAUUGUUUUGGUAAUUGAUGUUGGGACAGAAACAGUACAUGUUGGGUCUGCUAGUAAUGCGCAAUUGAGUGAACAUGAUUUUGCUAAAGACAGUGCCCAGUUUACUGUGUAUAAGCCCAAAGGAGCAAAUUCCAAUACAGAUGUAGUUGUGUUUUACACGUGUCCACCUGCAACUAAGGUGAAGGAACGGAUGGUUUAUGCUACAAAUUUUAAGAGUGUAAGAAUGCAUGUUGCAUCAGCUUUACAUGUGAAGGAAGUUGAGAAAACUUAUGAGGGUAGUUCUGGGGUAGAUGUUUUAGGAGAAUAUGAGGAGGAUGAGAAAAGACUGAGGUUGCAACAAGAAUCAUCUUCGGGUAGUGAGAAGAGACCCGAGGUAGCAAAAGCUCCGCGGUUUAGUCGGCCCAAGGCACCGGGGCGUCUUCGCCGAGAGGCUCAGUAG